UUUGUUGAAAUAAUACCUCGUGACUACAUUUGACGCUAUAAAUCUGCGUCAGGCGUCAGCAUGAAAUUGCAGCUCACCGUAUAAACGCAGGAGUUGUGAGCGUUAGUCAAUAAACAAGUAUACCUGCGCUGAUUAGUUUUCAUUUACCAUACAAUAAAAUUCAGAAUAAACCGUAUUUUCAACCAUGUCGAAAAGAGAACAUGGUGAAAGUGAUGAUUCGGAUAAUGAAUGGGUUGGUCCUUUGCCAUCGGAGGCGGCACAACCUAAAAAACGCAGAGUUCUGGAGUACGAACAAGUCUACCUCGAUAACUUACCUAGUUGCGAAUGUUAUGAGAAAUCCUAUAUGCAUAGAGAUGUUAUCACUCAAGUGCUAGUAACAAAAACCAAUUUUGUGAUCACUGCAAGCUGUGAUGGACAUGUAAAGUUUUGGAAAAAGCAAGAAGAAUUAAUUGAGUUUGUUAAACACUUCCGAGCCCAUUUGAUGGCUAUACAGUCCAUGGCAGCAAGCUGCAAUGGCAGUCUUAUGUGCACCGUUAGUUUAGAUAAAAGCAUUAAAGUUUUUGACGUUGUUAAUUUUGAUAUGAUUAACAUGAUGCGAUUGGACUUUGUACCAGCAUGUGCUGAAUGGAUAUAUUCUCCUGGCGAUGCAAUACCUGCAUUGGCAGUUUCGGAUCAGGAUUCUAACAAAAUCUAUAUUUAUGAUGGACAAGGCACUAAUAUUCCUCUACAUGUUUUUGAAAAGCUGCACACCAAGCCUGUAGUUGCGAUGAGGUACAAUCCAGGUUUUCAAGCGUGCAUAUCUGUUGACAAAGCAGGGAUCUUGGAAUACUGGACUGGACCAAAAACGGAGUACAAAUUUCCAAAGAGCGUGAAGUUUGAGUCAAAAUUGGAUACAGACUUAUUCGAAUUUGCAAAAAAUAAAACGUACCCUUGCGGUUUGACAGUUUCUCCUGAUGGCAAAAAAUUCGCUACAUUGAGUGGGGACCGGAAAGUUAGAGUGUUUCAUUUUCUAACCGGGAAACUGUACCGAGUUUUUGAUGAAACCCUGCAAAGGUUUACCGAGCUUCAACAAACCACCCAACAAUUACCCAAUAUGGAAUUUGGCCGUAGGAUGGCUGUUGAACGAGAGUUAGACAAGACCGAGGCAAACUUAGGAAAUAUAAUAUUUGACGAAUCCGGAUAUAUGAUCAUGUACAGUACGAUGCUUGGCGUGAAAUUAGUAAAUUUGUUCACAAAUCGUUGUGUUACAAUAAUGGGAAAGCCUGAGAAUUUCAGGCCUAUGCAACUCGCAUUAUUUCAGGGCAAGGCAAAGAAGACGACUGCUGCAGUAACGUUCGAGAUGGAAGCUUCAGAAAAUCCAACCAUGGAAUUGAACCGUCCAGACCCAACUCUAUUUUGUACAGCGCAUAAAAAGAAUAGGUUCUACAUGUUUACGCGUCGCGAGCCAGAGGACACGAAGAGUCAGGAGUGUGACAGAGAUGUUUUCAAUGAGAAACCAUCAAAAGAAGAUAUUAUCUCAUCCACGGAAGCAACUAAUAUGCAGAAAAUUUAUGACGUCGCUAUUCUCCACACAGCUCUUGGCGAUAUACAUAUUAGUCUGUUUGGCAAAGACGUUCCGAAAACAGUUGAAAACUUUUGUAUGCAUUCGAAGAAUGGUUACUACAAUGGUCAUAUAUUUCACAGAGUUAUUAAAGGGUUCAUGAUACAGACUGGGGACCCCACGGGCACAGGAACUGGUGGAGAAAGCAUAUGGGGUGGUGAAUUUGAAGAUGAAUUCAGGUCACACUUAAAACAUGAUAGACCAUACACGUUGAGCAUGGCGAAUGCUGGACCAAACUCAAACGGAAGCCAGUUUUUUAUCACACUCACACCCACGCCAUGGCUCGAUAACAAGCACACCGUUUUUGGUCGAGUGAUCAAAGGAAUGGAAGUUGUUCAAAACAUUAGUCAAGUAAAAACGAACCCUAAAACUGAUAAGCCAUAUGAUGAUAUUCGAAUUGUCAGUAUCACAGUUAAGUAGUCUUUCUAUUUAAGAAUUAAGAACUCAUACAAUAAAUUCAUUAAAUAUUUCAA